UUCGUCAUUUGCCCCAUGGUCUUCAAUUGUCAAGGUCUUCCUCACCAUGAUGGCUCCUCAUCAGGUGAUGCAGCUUCUGUCCUCCAGUCAGCUGCAGGCCCUUCUCCUCCAGCAGCAUCAUAUCAAGGAGUUUUACAAGAAACAGCAGCAGAUCCAUGCGCAGCUGCUCCAGCAUCAGACGGGCAAGAAAAGCAAAGAGCUUCUCGCACAGCAGUUGGCCUUCCAGCAGCUCCUUCACAUUCAGCAGCAGCAGCCAGUCCGCUCCCCUGCAGCUGCUUUCAGCUCCGUGGAGCAUAUUUGGAAGGAGAUGACACAUGGUGAAGAUGAAAACAUUGAUAAGACCAAGACAGUCUCUGACACUGAUACAAGUGACCUCCAGUCAUCCUCUUCUGGCAGGACCAGGUGCACCCGAGCUGACUUAACCAUCGCAGAUGUCCUCUAUGGUCACGGCGUGUGCAACUGGCCGGGAUGCGAUUCUGUCUGCGAUAACGUCAGACAGUUUGAAAAGCACAUGAGCUGCGAGCACACGCUGGACGACCGAAGUACCGCUCAGUGCAGAGUCCAGAUGCAAGUGGUUCAUCAGCUGGAGAUUCAGCUCCACAAAGAACAGGAGCGCCUGCGAGCGAUGACGGCUCACCUUCAGCUUCCCUCUGAGGAAUCCCACUCUGCUCUCGCAGGGCCACCUUUGACAUCAUGUGAUCUGUCAGCUGACCCGCUCUGUCGGCAGCCCUCACCGAGUCCACUACACGCCACCCGGGCGUCCCCUCUCGCCACCAUCAGUGCUCCGUCGCGGGAGGAACCAUCUCUCAUGUCAUGUGUCGGGCCCACGAGACACCGCCAUCACCCGUUGGCCGACUCUGAUGGAAAUCAACAUGAGCUCUACAAGGACGCUGAUGUCAGACCACCUUUUACAUACGCAACCCUGAUAAGACAGGCCGUCAUAGAGUCACCAGAUAAGCAGCUCACACUUAACGAGAUCUACAAUUGGUUCACUCGGACCUUUGCCUUUUUCAGACGCAACGCAGCAACCUGGAAGAACGCGGUGCGCCACAACUUGAGCCUGCACCGCUGCUUCGUGCGAGUGGAGAACGCCAAAGGAGCCGUGUGGACCGUGGACGAGGUGGAGUACCAGAGGAGGCGGUCCCAGAAGACGACGGGGAGUCUGCCUUUGAUGAAGAGCGGCCAUUUUGGGUCAGUUUUCAACACCAGUUUACAGGUGAGAAGGAAGCGGUGGGUGAUGCCUCUGCAGUGGUUCCAAUUGAACAGUUUUUGUCUGGUGUCUUGUAGACACCAUUUACUGACACGCCUGGGUUUAAGAGUGGAAUCGACAAACGCACACAAGUCCAGCAGUACGCUUUUAAAAUGCGACACAUUCAUGACAGUCUACAGCUGGACGGGACCCAAAAUGGCGACGAGGACUCGUUAUGACACCUCUCUCAAACACACUCGUUACAAAGUCAAUCAGUUAGUUAUGAAAAAAUAUAGUUUAUAUAUUGUAAUUAAACAUUCAUGUUGUGGUAUAAACUGUGCUGUAAGAAGAGAUAUUUGUAGGAAGUCGAGAGCCGUACUUUACGUACUGGCCCUUUAAUUACUUCAUAAAGCAAACUAGACAUUUUAUUGACCACUUAUUCACAUUUGUCCAUUUUUAUCUUGCUUUUUUAGUGGUGUAGGGGACCAAUCUAAUUUUGCAUAAAAAGAGGAGAAUUAAAUCUUUAACCACAAAUAAAAUCAGGGCAUACUGAAGACUGUGCAUAGCUAGAAACUCGUGAAUUAUGUUCUACAUCAGGGGUGUCCAAGCGUUUUCCACCGAGGGCGGCAUACUGAAAAUCAAACAAUGCGGGGGACCCACUUUGAUAUUUUUAGUUUUUUUAAUUGUAUAAAAAGGCUAAAAAAUACGCAGGAUAUAUUUAAAGACUUAGCUGUGUUUCAUUUUUAGUUAUUAGUAUCAACAUUUCAGCUUGCUCUCUUUACAUUUUUCCUUUUUGCUUUAUUUUUCCCAUUUUUUCUGGGGUUUUUUUUUGUUAAAUUUUAUUUCUACAAUGUGCCACGGACCCAUAAAAAACAAGCUGCGGGCUGCAAAUGCCCCUCUGCCCACACUUUGGACACCUCUGUUCUAUCCGCUUAAAAAAACAAACAAUUUUUCCAAAAAAGAAAAAUCAAUUUAAGUUAGUAUUUAUUUAUUAGUAUUUAAAAAAUAUUAUUUUCUGUGUUUACUGUA